UUAAUAAAACGAAACCCUAGUAACUCUCAUCAAAAUCUCUGUUAUUGUCUUCCCGAUUGUGAGGACGAAGCUGUUCAGCCCAAUCUCCAUCUUAGCACAGUACAGCAACUAUGGCGGCGAAGUUCGAUCUGACACCGCGGAUAGCGCCGCAGCUCGACCGCCACCUGGUAUUCCCCAUGCUUGAGUUCCUUCAAGAGCGGCAAUUCUACCCGGAUGAGGAUAUUCUAAAGACCAAAAUUGAGCUUCUCAAAGAUACCAACAUGGUUGAUUAUUCUAUGGACAUAUUCAAGUCCCUCUAUCACACCGAAGAUGUUCCUCAAGAAAUGGUGGAUCGAAGAGUUGAGGUUGUUGCAAGGUUGAAAGCACUAGAGGAGAGUGCAGCUCCCUUGGUCGACUUUUUGCAGAAUGCAAAUGCAGUUCAAGAGUUAAGAGCUGACAAACAGCACAAUCUUCAAUUACUUAAUGACCGUUAUCAGAUCGGCGCAGAGCAAAUUGAGGCAUUGUAUCAAUAUGCCAAAUUUCAGUUUGAGUGUGGAAACUAUUCUGGUGCUGCUGAUUAUCUAUAUCAAUACCGUGCUCUCUGCACAAACAGUGACAGAAUUCUGAGUGCAUCAUGGGGAAAGCUAGCAGCUGAGAUAUUAAUGCAGAAUUGGGAUAUUGCCCUAGAGGAACUGAAUCGCCUGAAGGAAAUUAUUGACUCAAAGAGUUUCUCGACACCAUUGCAUCAAGUUCAAGGCAGAAUUUGGUUAAUGCAUUGGAGUCUGUUCAUCUUCUUCAACCAUGACAAUGGAAGGUCCCUGAUCAUUGACCUGUUUAAUCAAGACAAGUACUUGAAUGCCAUCCAAACCAAUGCACCCCAUCUAUUGCGGUAUCUGGCUACAGCAUUCAUUGUUAACAAACGCAGAAGACCUCAGUUUAAAGAUUUUAUUAAGGUUAUUCAACCAGACCAGUACUCUUAUGCUGACCCCAUUACUGAGUUUUUGGCCUGUGUUUAUGUCAACUAUGACUUUGAUGCUGCACAACAAAAGAUGAAAGAGUGUGAAGAGGUAAUACUGAAUGACCCGUUCCUCGGAAAACGUGUUGAAGAGGGAAAUUUUUCAACUGUGCCAUUGAGGGAUGAAUUCCUUGAGAAUGCUCGUCUUUUUAUCUUUGAGACCUACUGCCGUAUUCAUCAACGCAUCGAUAUGGGGGUUCUGGCUGAGAAACUAAAUUUGAAUUAUGAUGAUGCCGAGAGAUGGAUCGUGAGUCUUAUCAGGACAUCUAAGCUUGAUGCCAAGAUCGAUUCUUUGACUGGAACCGUAAUAAUGGAACCUACCCAACCCAACGUGUAUGAGCAGCUAAUUGAUCAUACCAAAUCUCUUUCCGGGCGGACAUACAAAUUAGUCAGUCAGCUUCUUGAGCAUGCUCAGGCUCAAACACAGGCUGCCCGAUAGUCUUAUUGCUGAAUCUGAAGUGUCGAUUGGCAUUUGGUUUCUGGAGAGCUUUGUUUUGGUGAAGUUACUGAUUUUGGUGUUGUUGGAUCUUUAGCUAAUCUUCUAGAGAAUUCAAAAUCUUGAGGCUUAAUGAUUUUAGUGAGAUAUUGACUCAUUUAAAUUAAUUUUGAUAAUUGUGGAGACCUGUAAAAUGUUAAAACGUUUAAUGUUAAAAUUGACUCUUGAUUAUUCAAGAACAACUUGGCUUUAUUGGAAUCAUUGAUGAGUUGUCUUAAA